CCGCCCACCGCUGGCGCCGUCGUUUCCGGGUCACCCCGGAAGCGGUCGGAGCAUUUCUGUCCCCUGGCCUUCUGAGCCCCUUCCUUCGCCAGCGUCUUUCCCACCGUCUCGGUCGCCGGGGAAGGUGGUUGCCUGGGAGGUUGUCCAGUUUCACAGCCGCGCAGAGCGGGCAAGGGCCGUCCUCCGUGCCCUUGCUUGUCCGCAGCCCCGUCCGGCGAGCGGCGCCGAGUUCCAGGGCGCCAUGGCCAGGGCCCGCCGCGGCCGGCCGGCUGUGAGGCCGCCCUUCGCUGCCCGCGCGCUCCCGCGGCCCCUGCGUCCGCCUGCGCCCGUCUCGGCCUGAGCGCAGCCCCUCAGCGGCCGUGGCCGCCUCGUCGGAGGGCAUGGCCUCCGAGGCGCCGUCCCCGCCGCGGUCGCUUUCGUCGUCGCCGCCGGCCUCCCCCGAGCCCGAACUGGCGCAGCUGAGGCGGAAAGUGGAGAAGUUGGAACGCGAGCUGCGGAGCUGCAAGCGGCAGGUGCGCGAGAUCGAGAAGCUGCUGCACCACACGGAACGGCUGUACCAGAGCGCCGAGAGCAGCAACCGCGAGCUCCGCACGCAGGUGGAAGAACUCAGUAAAAUACUCCAUUGUGGGAGAAAUGAAGAUAAUAAAAAGUCUGAUGUAGAAGUACAAACAGAAAACCAUACUCCUUUGUCAGUCUCAGAUUAUUAUUAUCAGACAUACUGUAAUGAUAUUAGUCUUCCAAAUAAAGUGACUGAACUCUCAGAGCAGCAAGAUCAGGAUAUUGAAAAUCCUACUUUCAAUUUGAAAGACCAGUUACAAGUAGAAAAUGAUGUUUACACUGAUACCAAUAUCACAGAAAAUGUUGAAUGUAGACAAGAGGACCAUUUUGCCUCAAGUUCACAGGAGCCAACAUCUGUGUUAGCAACAGAAGAUACAUCCUUAGAAGGGUCAUCAUUAGCUGAGAGUUUGAGAGCUGCAGCUGAAGCUGCUGUAUCACAGACUGGAUUUAGUUAUGAUGAAAAUACUGGACUAUAUUUUGACCACAGCACUGGUUUCUAUUAUGAUUCUGAAAAUCAAUUAUAUUAUGAUCCUUCUACUGGAAUAUAUUACUACUGUGAUGUGGAAAGUGGUCGAUAUCAGUUUCAUUCUCGAGUUGAUUUGCAACCUUAUCAGAUGUCUAGUACGAAACAAAGUAAAGAUAAAAAGUUGAAGAAGAAAAGAAAGGACCUGGAUUCUUUUAGGACAAAUGAGGAAAAGGAUUUGAGUUCAGAAGAUCAAAAAGCCUUCAGUGUUGAACAUGUAAGCUGCAAUGAGGGAACACAUUUUGCAAAUAUGAGAAAGAAGGCCAAAUUAGACAUUCAUCACAAAAAUAGUCCUCCAAAACUCACUGUUCCAGUUAGUGGAAAUACUAUAGAAUCUCAUCUUAAUGAAAACAUCUCAAAUUCAACUUCAUUUAAAGAUGAAAAUAUCAUAGAGACUGAUAGUGAGCCAGAAGAAGGUGAAAUUACAGACUCUCAGACUGAGGAUAGUUAUGAUGAAGACGUUACCAGUGAAGGCGGUGUAACUGCUGAAGAUUCUGAGGAUGAAGAUGAGGAAAAAAUUUGGCCCCCGUGUAUUAGAGUAAUUGUUAUUAGAUCACCAGUAUUACAGACAGGAUCACUCUUCAUCAUUACAGCUGUAAAUCCUGCUACAAUUGGAAGAGAAAAAGAUAUGGAACAUACUCUCCGAAUCCCUGAAGUUGGUGUCAGUAAGUUUCACGCAGAAAUUUACUUUGACCAUGACUUGCAGAGUUAUGUCCUUGUGGAUCAAGGCAGUCAGAACGGCACAGUUGUUAAUGGAAAACAGAUUCUUCAGCCGAAAACUAAAUGUGACCCCUAUGUACUUGAGCAUGGAGAUGAAGUGAAAAUUGGGGAGACUGUGUUGUCCUUUCACAUUCACCGUGGCAGUGAUACCUGUGAUGGCUGUGAACCAGGGCAGGUUAGAGCCCACCUUCGCCUUGAUAAGAAAGAUGAAGCUUUUGUUGGUCCAACACUAAGCAAGGAGGAAAAGGAGUUGGAAAGAAGAAAAGAAUUAAAGAAAAUACGAGUAAAAUAUGGUUUACAGAAUACAGACUACGAAGAUGAAAAGAAAUUGAAGAAUCCAAAAUACAAGGAUAGAGCUGGAAAACGUAGGGAGCAGAUUGGAAGUGAAGGAAUUUUCCAAAGAGAUGAUGCUCCUGCAUCUGUUCAUUCUGAAAUUACUGGUAGCAACAAAGGCCGGAAGAUGUUAGAGAAGAUGGGCUGGAAAAAAGGAGAGGGCCUCGGGAAAGAUGGCGGAGGAGUGAAAACUCCGAUCCAGCUUCAGCUUCGGCGAACGCAUGCAGGCUUGGGGACAGGCAAACCAUCCUCAAUUGAUGAUGUUCACCUUCUCCAAAACAAGAACAAAAAAAAUUGGGACAAAGCACGAGAGAGGUUUGCUGAAAACUUCCCUGAAACUAAACCUCAAAAAGAUGCACCAGGGCCCAUGCCUUGGGUAAAAGGGACUGUAGAGUAAAAGCUAAUCAUUGAACAAAAUUCAAACUUUUUUUAAAAAGAGUUUGGAAACUCUUAUUUUAUUACAGAAGUUUUCUCCCCCAAAGUGUCAGUAGCUUGAGGGAGCUGUGUCACAGUUUACUCCCUUAUGAUUUAGAAAUGUGUUAUAAAGUGUCAUUUGCAGCUUUUAAAAACUAUUUUAUAAACUAAUAAAUAGUGACUGAAUCAAGUUAUGUAGUAAGUGGACUAAAGUUCACAGGGCACGGAUGAGUUUACCAAACUUUGUUAAUUUUAUCUUGUCAUUUACAACAACCAUAUAACUGACCAGCCAUGUAAACAAAACUCAUAUAACCACAAUGACUUAAAUAUAUAUUUGUCCUUGUCUCCAUAUAUUCAUUAUUGUAAGAUGCACAAAAGAAACAUCAAAAGUUAUAAAAAAUAAUCUGACUAUAUGCAUCUUUGUUUAUGCCCUUUAGAAUUUAAAUUUAGAUAAAAAAUGUUGAGAAAACAUGGGUAGUGGUUUGUACAUUUUAUUAUUUUUGGAAUAGUCUAAAUAAUAUUAUUGAAGAACUAAUGAACAGGUGACAUGUUGUAGAAAAUUAGUCUUUUAUUAUUUUCUUCUGUGAAGAAUCUAUUGAUUUGUACUAUAUAUCCAGCAUUUACAUUUGGUUUGUUUCACAGCUAAUGAGGUAUUUAGCUAUGAACAACUGAGUACAGUAUUGAAAUAGUCAACAUGCUGGCAUUUGUAGUUUUAGUAAAUACCAUUGCAGGCAAUGGAGUUGUGCCAGAGAAAUCUGAUUUCCAGUGCAGAAGGAAUGCUUAGCCAGGGCCUCAACCUCAAGAUAUUUACUGAAAAUGUCCUAGAUGCAAUAAAAACAUUAUGACAUUAGAGGAAGUAAUAUGUUGAACCAGUGAUUUAGCAUAUUGAUCUGCUUUGAAUUUGCAACUGGUUAAAAUUUUCCUCUUUAUAUGGGUAGUUAUAACAAAGGGGAGCCUCAGGUAGAACUGCAGUGCAGCUUUUUGGGCACAGGUGUCACUGCUCUGCCAGCUAUCGCUAUUUUCUUUUGUGUUCAACUUUUCUCUCAGCUGUUUGCUGGGAAUUGAUGCUGGAACUGACCCUUUUUUGGCAGUGAAUAUAAGUUGUAGCUUCCCUAUCUCCUCCAAAGAAAUGUCUUCAAGAUGUAGAAAUAAGGAAAAUUCUGAAAAUAAAAAUUAUACAGUAGUGAAGAUAAUUCAGAAAGAAAAGCUGCCUAUUGGAAUUUACCAUCUAAAUGGUAUAGGAUACUUUGGGAAAAAGAGAAACAGGGAAAGAGAAAUUAUGACUGAAGGUGAGAGAUAAGAACAAAUUGUCCAGUUCUGAUAGGCUUAAGCUGGGGUCAUCAGGCCCUAUAACUCCAAAUUUGGGUAAAGUAUUUUUCUUUAUCCUUCCUGGCGUCCUACACAGUCUGACACAUACAUGUGUACAUCAGACUUGGAGACAGCAGAAGUGUCCUGCAUUAUUUUCUCUGAAAUAGAAAAAAAUAGCUAUUCAUUUAAAUGUGAUUCUGGUGCUGGUGCCCUGUACACAAGGUAACAAUGUAGGGACCCCUAAAGUAGGUCUUGCUUCUGGUGGAUCUUACUUAUUGGGUUUGUAUGUGGCUAUCAAUAAUAUUUCCUAUUUUAUUAUUGGGAAAAACAUUUUUCAUAAUUUUCUUCUGUUAAGAGAAUGGAAAAUUUGAAAAUAGUGAUAAAAAUUGAAAUAUAUGUGGUAUUUGCAUUAUUAACCCCUUUUCAGAUCUAAAGUCUCAGGGUCCCACUAUAUAGUGGUUAAAAAACUGAAUAACAUCUGGGUUUAUUACCAUCUGUUAAAUAAGAAUAAUAUUUAUUUCACAUGUCUAUCUUGAAUAGCAGAUGAGAAGAUGUAUAUAAAAGCACUUUGUAAACUGUAAAAGUACACAUGUGAGCUUCUAUUUGUUUAGAAGCAUAAAUGUGAAUUAUGUACAGUUUGGAUUAUGCAUAAAAUUUUUUGUGUCUAAUA